CACCGACAAGGAGCAGGAGUUUGCUGCUGGAGCUGCAAAGCAGCUUGAAUAUCAGCAAUUCGAAGACGAUCAACUUUCUCAGAAAUCAUCUAGCAGUAAACUAUCUCGAUCUCCGUUAAAGGUCGUCAAAAAGCCUAAAAGCAUGCAGUGCAAAGUGGUACUUCUGGAUGGAUCAGAGUAUACCUGUGAUGUGGAGAAACGCUCCAGAGGCCAAGUGCUGUUUGAUAAAGUAUGUGAACAUCUGAACUUGCUAGAAAAAGACUACUUUGGGCUUACGUAUCGAGAUGCUGAAAACCAGAAGAAUUGGUUGGACCCUGCUAAGGAAAUUAAAAAACAGAUUCGAAAUGGUGCUUGGCACUUUUCAUUUAAUGUGAAAUUUUACCCACCAGACCCCGCCCAGCUCUCUGAAGAUAUCACCAGGUACUACCUCUGCUUACAGUUGCGAGAUGACAUUGUGUCUGGAAGGCUGCCCUGCUCCUUUGUCACCCUGGCACUGCUGGGCUCCUACACUGUCCAGUCAGAACUUGGAGACUAUGACCCAGAUGAAUGUGGGAAUGAUUACAUUAGUGAGUUCCGCUUUGCACCAAACCACACUAAAGAGCUGGAAGAUAAAGUGAUUGAACUGCACAAGAGCCACAGAGGAAUGACGCCAGCAGAAGCAGAGAUGCAUUUCUUGGAAAAUGCCAAAAAACUAUCCAUGUAUGGGGUAGAUUUACAUCAUGCCAAGGAUUCUGAAGGAGUAGAAAUUAUGCUAGGAGUUUGCGCAAGUGGUCUGUUGAUAUAUCGUGACCGACUACGAAUAAACAGAUUUGCCUGGCCUAAGGUUCUAAAAAUUUCAUACAAACGGAACAACUUUUACAUUAAGAUCCGGCCGGGAGAGUUUGAGCAAUUUGAAAGCACCAUUGGGUUUAAGCUGCCAAACCAUCGAGCUGCCAAGCGUUUAUGGAAAGUGUGUGUUGAACACCAUACAUUUUUCAGACUGUUGUUACCAGAAGCACCUCCAAAGAAAUUCCUUACCUUGGGUUCCAAGUUUCGUUACAGUGGCAGAACACAGGCCCAAACAAGAAGAGCCAGUGCGUUGAUAGAUCGUCCAGCCCCUUACUUUGAACGCUCGUCCAGCAAACGUUACACCAUGUCUCGAAGCCUGGAUGGAGCGUCAGUGAAUGAAAACCAUGAAAUAUACAUGAAGGAUUCUGUGUCUGCUGCAGAGGUUGGUACUGGCCAGUACGCCACAACAAAGGGCAUCUCUCAGACGAACUUGAUCACCACUGUGACUCCGGAGAAAAAGUCCGAGGAGGAGCGCGGUGAGGAGGAGGACAGACGGAAGCAGGCGGAGGAGGCCACGCCCGUCGCAGCAGUCCGGCAGGAGGGAAAGUCAUCUGGGCUUGGCACUGACUCACGUCCCCUGUCCCCUGCAUCAGCCCAUCGUCCCCCUGCAUCUCCCACAGAGCUCCCUAGGAGGUGUAAGGAGAAUGACCACCAACCGCCAGGUUUCGAGCCAUCCAAAGAAACUGUGCAUGUGCACGGAGAGCCCCCCUUGGACUCUGAAGGCAAAGGGAAGCCAUAUUUAGGGGACCAAGAUGUGGCCUUUAGCUACAAACAGCAACCUGGCAGAGGGACCACCCUGUUUUCCUUCUCCUUGCAGCUCCCUGAGUCAUUCCCUUCUCUUCUAGAUGACGAUGGCUACCUCUCUUUUCCCAACCUGUCUGAAAGCAGCCUCCUCCCGCAGAGCUUGCAGCAUUAUCUCCCAAUCCGCUCACCCUCCCUCUUGCCCUGUGUCCUCUUCAUCUUUUUCUUCCUGCUCUCUGCCUCCUUCUCAGUGCCGUAUGCCCUCACUCUCUCCUUCCCUCUGGCUAUGUGCCUCUGCUACCUGGAGCCCAAGGCGGCCUCCUUGAGUGCCUCACUAGACAAUGACCUGAGUGACAGUGCAGAGGAAGAGACUGACAGUGAGCGCACAGACACUGCAGCUGACGGGGAAACCACCGCCACAGAGAAUAGUCUGAUUAAGCGAAUAAAGGGUGAAAAUGUGUAUGUCAAACAUAGUAAUCUUAUGUUAGAGGAGCUAGAUAAAACUCAAGAUGACCUGAUGAAACAUCAGACCAAUAUUAGUGAGCUGAAAAGAACCUUUUUAGAAACCUCCACAGACACCACCGUGACGAAUGAAUGGGAAAAGAGGCUUUCCACCUCCCCCGUGCGACUGGCCGCCAGGCAGGAGGAUGCGCCCAUGAUUGAGCCACUGGUCCCUGAAGAGACUAAACAGUCUUCUGGUGAAAAGCUCAUGGAUGGCUCUGAAAUCUUCAGUUUAUUAGAGUCUGCAAGAAAACCAACAGAAUUCAUAGGAGGGGUUACUUCUGCUCCUCAGAGCUGGGUUCAGAAAACAGAAACCAAGACGGAGUCCACCGAAACAACCCAGCACCCGCACCCACUGGGCCCUGAGAAGAUUGUGCAGGAAACCGCGCUGGUGGAGGAAAGACACGUGCAGCAUGUGCACGCGAGCGGGGAUGCCUCUCACGUGGCUGCAGAUGACGGGGAUGCCGCAGCCCAGGCAGCAUCUGCUGAUGCUUUUAGCGCUAAAGGGAAGGACGGUUCUGCUCUGACUGAGGAGGCUAACGAGGAAAAAGGAGAGGUGGCCGAUCAAGCUGUCCUCAAACCAGAAGAGAUGGCCACUGCUUCCCAUGAGCCAGAGGAGGAGCAGGGUGCGGCAAUCCACAUCUCUGAAACUUUGGAACAAAAACCUCAUUUUGAGCCAUCGGCUCUGAAGACAGAAACCAUCAGUUUUGGCAGUGUUUUACCAGGAGGAGUAAAGCUUGAAAUUUCUACCAAGGAAGUACCAGUAGUUCACACAGAAACGAAAACCAUAACGUAUGAAUCCUCACAGGUUGAUCCUGGGGCUGAUUUGGAGCCGGGUGUGCUGAUGAGCGCACAGACGAUCACAUCUGAAACUACCAGCACCACGACCACCACGCACAUCACCAAAACUGUGAAAGGGGGCAUUUCAGAGACAAGGAUUGAGAAGCGCAUAGUCAUCACAGGAGAUGCGGACAUUGACCAUGACCAGGCUCUGGCUCAGGCAAUUAAAGAGGCCAAAGAGCAGCACCCUGACAUGUCAGUGACCAAAGUGGUGGUCCAUAAAGAGACAGAGAUCACCCCAGAAGAUGGAGAGGACUGAACCCAGGAAUAGCUCAGCCUGCACACGAAUCCAGGCAUGCCACCCACUAGGAGAGCCAGAGCCUCUGUGGACUCCUCCUCGAACCCAGCUGACUUGCAUCUGCCGGUGGGAGAUUUCCAUCCAGAAGAACUGACCUUGCCCCUAAAUAAAGACACUGGCAGAUCUUCCCUUAUAACACAAUCCGAGUCAGCAUCACUAAACUGAUACUGCAUGAAGCAAUGAUACAAUUACAAAAGAGCAGCAUUUUUAAUUUUCACAAAAUGUCUAAGUUUUCAGCUACACCUGCACGUUCAUAACUGACAAUAUACGCCGUGAUCUCACAUAACAUAAACAGUUCAUGCCUUCCGUAGCUCAGUACUAUUCAAGUCUAAACCAAACUGCAGUUUCUUGGGUGACAGCUCUUUUGUUUACAGAUCAAUGAAGGUUACCCUGAAAUGCUAGAAGCUGUCUAGGUCCAGUGUGUCAGGUUUAUUCCAGAUUAGAUGUGCCAAUAACCGAGUCAAUUCAGUAAACAACUUGAAUAUUGUCUUUGUUUUGUCUGGGUUUGCUACUCUCACCCAUGAACAGUGAUGACUCUCUGAUCCUCUGGAAAUAUUUAAUGCUUACAAUCCUGUUUUGUGUAUCUAAUUUAAUUCAUUAUAAGGUAGUACUGAUUUUACCAUAAAGAUGUGAUUUUUUCCUUGUCCACUUCGGUCUGCGUUCAAUCUGAAAAGCUUUCCAGAGUUUCCUAACAAGUCCUAAAUAUGUAAAUUGUCAUUAUUUUGGGAAGAAAACCUGUAUUUUUGUUAGUUUACCAUAUUAUGAAAUUUCACUCCAGAAAAACCUGUUGGGAUUUUUUUUUUCUCUCUCUUCAUUUCUUCUUCCUUGUAUUUUUAAAUUGAUUUUUCUUCUUUUACUUGAAAAAGAUUUUAUUUCCAAAAUCUGGUCCAUAUUUACAAUCUAGUGCAGAGCCAAGCCUUAAACUGUACAGAAUUUCCACUGUAAUUAAACUAUUUAGUGUUUAGUUAUAAAUAGCCUUCAGAAAGAUAUAUUCUCCAUUACACUGUCAACUGCAUCACACAGCCCGUGGUGAAUGUACGUUUCUGCGUAGCGAAAUAAAAAUGGCAAAUGCAUUUAAACCU